GAGAGCGGGUCGUCUUACUUCUGAGCGGUUACUCUAUAUCUCCAAGCGACAAAAGAGAGAAUUAAAAAUGGGUGAAGUUGAGAAAGGCAAGAAGAUUUUUGUUCAGAAGUGUGCCCAGUGCCACACUGUGGAAAAGGGAGGCAAGCACAAGACUGGCCCAAAUCUCCAUGGUCUAUUUGGGCGGAAGACAGGUCAGGCCCCUGGAUUCUCUUACACAGAUGCCAACAAGAACAAAGGCAUCACCUGGGGAGAAGACACGCUGAUGGAGUAUUUGGAGAAUCUCAAGAAGUACAUCCCUGGAACAAAAAUGAUCUUCGCUGGCAAGACAAAAGACAUAAAAAAAGGAAAACUACAGACCAAUGCCUUUGAUAUAGAAGCAAAAAUUCUCAACAAGAUACUAGCAAUUGUACCCAAGAACACAUUGAAAAGAUUAUACACCAGGCCCAGCCUGCUCAAGUCUCCACUGCCGCUAUAG